GUGGGGCAGUAUAAAUAGAUGGACUACACUUGGCAUUGGCAUAGUCAUUGCAAAAUGCCCUCGAACACUGGAGCUUGGAUUCUACUGGGCCUGCUGGCCGGCAUCGCCGCUCUGUCUAGCGCUGCAACCAUACAGCAAAGUGGAGACAAGACGAUUCUUCGGAACAAUGGCCACACCUUCCUGUCCAGCGGAGCUGGGCAAAUCAUUCGGGGACCCGAUGGCAGAACAGUUUUGAUUGGAUCCAAUGGCCAGAGGAUAGUCGUCAACGGCGACUCCAGUGAAGAAGACAACUCGCCGGAAUAUGGCACCCGUGGACAUCAUAACAACGUUAUCAUCAACGGUGGCUCGGGAUCCAGCGUAUAUCACAACGAUGGACGUGGCUUCAUCGUUGGAAAUGCGAAUGAGGAUAGUUACAUCACCGGUGAUGGACGUAGUCUAAGGGUCAUAAAUGGAGCCAUCGAGCUGAAUGAUCACGGACAGGUGUACGUAUUCCCCCCAAAAGCACCCGGUGUUUACGAGAAGGAAACUGUUCCCGUCAACGGACAACCCGCACUGGUGGAGUACUCCAAUGGAGACAUAGUCGUCGAACUGGCUGAUCAUACGGUGUUUGCCAAGGUAGGUGAUCGCACCUUCUUGGGCGAUCGCGCAUCCUUUAACAAUCGGGAUAAGUUAGAGGCGGAGGCAAAGAACUAUGCCGAACGUGUCCAACAAGAGGUGCUGGCCGGUCUCCAGAAAACCAUGGAUGACAUUCACAGAAAUAUUCAGGACUCAUUACGCCGUGUUGCGUACUAGGAUCCAAGUAAUCGCACACGACUCGCUCGUAAUAAAGCGCAUUUGCAGCAA